CUCCCACUCUGCAGCUCAGCAGCUCUGGCCGUGCGGGAUCCGGACAGCAGACAUGGAGCUGCGCGCUGAAUCCCACUCUCUGCUCCCACUCUAGAGAAACUUUUCCCCCCGCAGGCGCGCUCUGCCCGUGCGGCUGAGGAGCAGCGCGCGCGCUGGAGAACGCGAACUCUCCGCUUCUCCCUCUCUGUCUUUAUCCCUUUCUCCAUCUGCAUGUGUGUGUCCUGCAGCAGAAAGAGGGGCUUUAUUGGAAAUUCUCGAACCCCCAGUGGGACGCUCUCGGCUUUCAGCUCGACUCCGCCGCUCUUUUUUUCCUCCAAGUUCUGCCGGGAUCACUGUAAGGCCACACAAACUGAUGCAGACGGCUGCGAGGCUCUGAAAGGGGCUUGCAGGAGUCGAGGGAGAGCUGGUCUCGAUGCCAGUGGACAUGCAGCCACACCAGGGGCUGUAUCACUACAACACAACUGUCCAUCAACCAAGCAAAGGCCUGGCGCCGUCAGUUAGAUCGCCGUACAGUGAGGUGUCGCCUGUGUGUGUGGCUCCCCCUUGUGGCCAGCUUCCACAGAGCAGAGCAAUGUACAACCCAUCUCUCACCCCCGGAGCCUGCAUGGAUCCCUACAUGCGGCCCCCACAAGGACUCCCGCCCCAUGGCAUGUUGGGACACCGCAGCAUGCCACCACCUGAAGGAAGCAGUGGCACCCCCUACUGUAGCCAAAGUAACAUGAUGUCAGCCCAUCAUGGCUUUCCUCUCAACCAGUCAGCCUCAGAACACAUGGGUUCAGGAGAUGGUUCUCGUUUCUCCACUCCUCGUUCCAUACUGAAGUUGAGUAAGAAGCGUGCGCUGUCAAUCUCUCCCCUGUCUGAUGCCAGUGUGGACCUGCAGACAGUUAUUCGCACCUCUCCCAACUCUCUGGUGGCAUUUGUUAACUCUCGCUGCGGGCAAAAUGCUGCCAGCUCAUAUGGACACCUGUCAGUGGGGGCCAUGAGUCCAUCGAUGGGUUACUCACCUUCAAUGAACUACCAGUCCAGGCCUCAGGGGAAUAUGUACGGAACUCCACUUGGUCACCCCCCAGGUCCAGUGGGCCCCCCAACUCGUCUGCCUCCACACAAUCCUCGCCUACAUGCACCCCCAAAACAUGGACAUCUGAAGACAGAGCCUGUCUUAGGUAGCGUGAUGGAUGGCAUUAAUGUGAAGAGUUUAGAAGAGCACUCAGAGGGAGAUGUGGCCAGUCCAUCCUCCACUGGAACUCAGGAUCCUCUUCUUGGUGUCCUGGAGGGUCGAGAUGAUCUGGACAAAGAGGAGAAACCAGAGCCUGAGGCCAUCUAUGAGACAAACUGCCACUGGGAAAGCUGCAGCAAGGAGUUUGAUACCCAGGAGCAGCUUGUGCAUCACAUCAAUAAUGAGCAUAUACAUGGCGAGAAGAAGGAGUUUGUGUGCCACUGGAAGGAUUGCUCUCGUGAGCAGAGACCUUUUAAAGCCCAGUACAUGCUGGUGGUGCACAUGCGCAGACACACCGGGGAAAAGCCUCACAAGUGCACUUUUGAGGGUUGCAACAAAGCAUACUCUCGUCUGGAGAACCUGAAAACUCACCUGCGCUCACACACUGGUGAGAAACCAUAUGUGUGUGAGCAUGAAGGAUGUAACAAGGCUUUCUCCAACGCCUCAGACCGGGCCAAGCACCAGAAUAGAACACACUCCAAUGAGAAACCCUAUGUGUGCAAGAUCCCUGGAUGUACAAAACGUUACACAGACCCAAGCUCUCUGCGUAAGCAUGUGAAGACAGUCCAUGGGCCUGAAGCUCACAUCACCAAGAAACACAGAGGGGACACAGGACCUCGACCCCCUGGGUCUGCCCUAACCCCUGCAGGUCAAGGUUCAGAAUUGCUGGUAGAAAAGGAGGAAAAAACAAGAGAGGACUGCAAGCUACUUGCUCCAGAAAAUGCAAUGAAGUCUCAACCAAGUCCUGGUGGCCAGUCAUCCUGCAGUAGCGAGCGCUCACCACUUGGGAGUGCCAACAACAAUGACAGUGGUGUGGAGAUGAACCUGAAUGCAGCCGGGAGUCUAGAGGACUUGACAGCACUGGAGGAAGGAGUGGGCAACAGUGCAACAGAGCCUAAUGGAGGAAUGGGUUCUGGAGGCAUGGGCAUGUCUGCUCAAGCCCUGAAGAGGCUGGAGAACUUAAAGAUUGAUAAACUGAAGCAGAUCCGUCGGCAGACACCACCAAGCCGGGGUGCAGGAAACAAACUACCAGCACUUUCAGUAUCAGGCGAGAUGAUUGGUAUGUGUGGGCCCCCCCCCUUGCUGUCCAACCGUCGUGUAAUGGAGCUCUCAACCCCUGAGCUGGGUGGAGGAGGGAUUGGUGGAAUGGCUAUGCCUUGCCCACCUAAUGAACGCCGUGGGAGUGGCACCAGUAGUCUCAGCUCAGCCUACACCGUGAGCCGCCGAUCCUCCAUGGCUUCCCCAUACCUGUCCAGCCGACGCUCCAGUGAAGUAUCUCAGGUGGGAACAGGUGGACAUUGCCAGUCUGUCUUGGGAAAUGAUGUAGGUGGAGACCCAUUAUCGCCUGAGAGUAAUCGUAGAACUGGCUUAUGCCAGAGUGCUAGUGGGCUGCCUGGUCUACCUAGUCUUACCCCUGCACAGCAAUACAGUCUGAAGGCUAAAUAUGCAGCAGCAACUGGUGGCCCACCACCAACACCUCUACCCAAUAUGGAGCAGCCUGGAACUCCUUGCAGACGUGGUGGUUUUAUGACUGAGUACCAGGGCCAGCCACUGCCACCAUUCCUACACCAAGGGAGUGCCAGGAGACACAGUUCCAAUGCAGAGUAUGGCACAGGAAUAAUCUUCCCACACCAGGCACCUGGCAACAACGCAAGGCGUGCCAGUGAUCCAGUGCGAUCUGGUGGUGACCCUCAAAGUCUGCCCAAGGUGCAGCGCUUCAACAGCUUGAGUAACAUGGCAAUAAUGGGCCGCCGCAAUGCCUUGCAGCACUGUGGAUCUGAUGCCAAUCUCACAAGGCACAUGUACUCACCACGACCACCAAGCAUUACUGAGAAUGUGAUGAUGGAGGCCAUGGCCAUGGAGCCUCAGGGGAACCCCACAGAGGGCAGAGAGCAGGGCAGUAUAAUGCAAGGUGGAGACCGGGCCUACAUGGGCUACCAACAGUCUCAGCACCAUGCUCACCCAGGCAACCAGCUAUCCCCUGGACAUGAAGGCAUUGGGUGCAUGGAUCCAUCCUUCCAGUCACAGUUACCAGGACAAUACCAGGGCCAGCGUGGAGAUAUGGGUGCUGGAGGAGCGAUGGGUCAGAAUGACAUGGCAAACACUCUCCUCCAGCAAGCUGAGUACAGCAUGAGUACCUGUCAGCUCAGUCCAUCUGGGCCACACUACCCAAGCCUGGGUCAACCUAAUGAUGGACCAGGACCCUGGCGACAGAACACCCAGAUCCAGAAUCCACAUGUGGGUGUACAAGCAGGCAUGCAGUUCCAAGACACAGGAAUGCAGUCACAACAGUAUCCUCAAGGUAUCUAUGAUCUCAAUGCUGACCAUAACCAUCAGAGAGUCACCAUCAAACCAGAGCAGUUCCAUCCAGCCAUGGGAGGGUCCAGUGCCUGCCAAAAUGCCAAGCCUCUUCAACAGCACCGCCAACCUAGUGCUAUGGAGCUAUGCCAGCAAGGAUACCCUCCACAAACACAAGAGCAGGGUUUAAUGGGCAAGUCCUCAAACCCCAGCUGUGACUACCAUCACGGUCAGAUAAAGGCCCAAGCAGGUCAGCAGCAAAGCCAGGCUGGAACAUUCCCCAGUGGUGGAAGCCUGAGCCUUGGCUGUGCAGGCUCUGUUCUCACUGAAGGCCGGAGGUCACAGACACCAAUGCUGCAGGUGAAGGAGAUGAUGGUUCGUAACUAUGUGCAGUCACAGCAAGCACUCCUUUGGGAACAGCACCAGGAGCAGCAAGCAGCAGACAGCAGUCUCUCUGGGAAGCCAGACAGCAUUGAAAUGGGAAGACAGCCAGCCAUGAUGCAGCACAGCCCUCAAAGUCAGCAGCCUAAUCCAAAUCUCUACCAUAACAGUUACCAAGGCUACACAAACCAGAACAUCCUAAGUCCCCCAGCACACAGUCGAGUAUCCAGCUCCGUGCCAGUCAAAGAACAGAUGGGUGGCAUGCAGGGUUCAUGCUAUGGUCAUGAUAUGGUGCCACAUCCACCACAGGGUAGAAAGCCACUGAGUCGUCAGAACAGUCUUUCCCAGCAAGCAAGUGGAGCAUACCUGGGCAGCCCACCUAACCUGAGCCCUAGCCAUUCUACUGCUAGCCCCAGGAGAGCAGUACGGUUACCACCUGUUCAGCAACAGCAGCAACACUCAGAGAAUUUCUAUUACUCAGGCCAGAUCCACAUGCACCACAAUGUGGAUAAGCCACUGGAACACCAGGAUGGAUCAUGCCUACCCCAGCAGCACCUUUCAGGAAUAGAUCCUUCUACGAAGACUGCCUCACUGGCCUAUCCUGAAUCUACACCAAUGUCUAAUACCUUGGAGAACCUGGACUUGGAGAAUGCUCAGAUUGACUUUGCUUCCAUUAUUGAUGACCCAGAUCCGUCAUCCUACAGCCCAGUAAAUCCGGUCGUGGGACACCAACCCUCCUCUUCCCAAGCCUCAUCCCGUCUCACCACUCCACAAAACUCCAUCACCCUGCCCUCUGGUCUCUCCAACAUGGCCAUUGGGGAUAUGACCUCCAUGCUGACGUCCCUUGCUGGGGAAAACAAGUAUUUGAACACAUUGUCUUAAAGGGUCACCUCACACCUAAAGUAGGUUGUAAGAUGUUGGUGAUAUUGAAAUAUAAUGAACUAACGACUCCAGAUGAAUGACCCUUGACGAAACCAAAGGUUCCUGUGGACCUUCUUCUAAUCACUGUUUGCAGUGAGUCGCACUAGACUGGACCGGUCUGUAAGAAUGGAGUGAUUCUGUUUCCCUACAGGAUCUUGCCAUUUCUGUAUGUAUGCUGGUUUAGUUUGUUUAAUAAUGAUUUCCAAAACAUUACAUUGGGUUUCAUUACCAAAACUGAAGGGGCAUUCCAGUUGCCAUGAUGGGACUGUUGAUAAUGAAACAUUUUUGUUUAAAUGUAAAUAUAUUUUACCUUCAAAUCAGCAAUGGACUGUAUAUUGAGACAAUGAUACAAAAAACUAUCAUCUGCUUUAUGAAAUUAAUGGGGAGUAGUGAGAGUGUUAGAGAGCACAUUUCCUUUUUAGGUACUCUACAAGCCACUCUCUCAAAUAUAAUAGUUGGUACAACAGGUCUGAAGUGCCUUUGCCUUUUGUGGCUAAUGAUUCCUUACUGAUAUAAGAAUUAUAAUCCAGAGACAGACAGAAACGGUCAAAGACAUGGAUGGAGAAGGUACAAAACUUUGAAACUCUUCAUGACCAACAGUAAAAAUGCCUAUGUGCAUUGCAGUAUUCAAUGCCUUACCAGUUGUUAGUAUUGAUGAUUAUUAUUCAAGUGACUAUGGCAAGAACUACGUUUGAAUUCAGUGGAACCCAUUUGACAUAAAUGGACUUUCAUAUAUGGUUUUUAUUUUCUUCUCAUUUGUUUUCAGACAGGUAGCUUUAGUCAAAUGGCACUGAGUUACUGUUACAUGUUCUCCUUUGUUUAAAGGCCUGGAUGCACUAAACCGAUUUGCUCUGACAGAGCUGUGGCAUGUGUUCAAAAUAUCAUGCAGGAUUUUAGUUUGGACUUCAGCAUCCAAUGCUGCCUCUGACCGAAGCGGGGAUCUACCAUGAAAAUAAACAAAAAUGAUCAGAAUUACAUUCAUAUAUUAUUGCUGUUUGUCAUUACAGUGUCAUACUCAUCAAAGUGAGAAAAUAAGACAGCUAAUAGAUUACCUUGUUGCAUCUCCUUAGUGUUUUCAGGCCCUAAACUGCACCACAUCACACAAGCUAGCCUAUAAGCAUUGCACUGACAACAGCACUGAGCUGAAGAAAAUUUAUGAAAAAACACAGAUUGUUCUGUUUCGGUAUUAAUUUUUUUACAGUAUGAUGCAUGGUAUCGCAUUCAGGCAGUAUCCAGUUGACAAGCUAAAGGUCUUCACAUCUUUUGUUUCAGCACACUUUACUUAGGUGAUGCCUCACAACAGUGUGAAGAACUCUUUUCUUUUAAGUAUUAAGAGAGGGCAGGGUAUGGCUUCAAGCCCUUAACAAAUCCCAGUGUUUCCCUACAGCUGUCCAUGGCAUACCAAAGAUGAUUGGCACUGAGAAGAGUGCAUGAGCACCCUUUCAUAAUAAAAGUCAUGUGGCCGUGCCUCCAUAGUGCUGAUAGAGAAUGUAAUUUUUAACAUUUUUUUUUAAAAGAACAUUAAAACAGUUUGUGGAUUUUGCAUUUCUCUGUGUGUUCUGGUAUCUGUCACAGUUCAAACUUUUUGCUGGCAAAAGAUCAUUAAUGUAGUCUUGCAGUUUUUAUGCUAGCAGUUAUUACACCUAUUUACAGGAAAACAAGUGAUAUAUUUUUUUGCAUACCAUUUUCUACAUUUUUAUACAAAAGUAAAGGUCCUAUAUUUUACCUGUUUAUUAAUAAACACAGCCUGUGAUGGAAGCAA